AAUCUAUUUGGAUUCCGUCUAGUAGAAAAAAGAAGCCCCCAUUUCCCUCUAUUCCUCUUCAUCUCCUGUCGCUGUUUGGCGGUUUUGAGCUUUUCUCUUUCGAACAUUCGCUCAUUUUUUUUUUCCACUUAGCACUCACACUCUCUCUAAGGUUUUUUUAGCUGGAAAUUAAGUAGAUCGGAGAGUGAUAAGUGGUUGGCGUUUGGUUUACGGAUGAAUGAGGGAAAAUUGGACACAUGAAAGCAGGUUUGGAUAGUACAAGUUAAGGUCAUAACAUGAAAACGGAUCGGAAACCUCAUUUGAUAAAGAAGCUUUCUGACAUGAAGCGUCAAAGGGUAGAUGAAUCCAUUGUUCCUGGCUUGGAAGAUGAAGCAACUGAAGUUGAGCAUUUACUUGCAGAACCUAAAAGUGAGCAUGUUUCAGUAGAUGGAGUCCUAUGUUUUGGGAAGGAGAAUUUAGAAAAGCACUUGAAAAUGGAGGACUUCUCGUGUGCUUUUGAUUUUGGCUGGAAAAUUAAUUGUGGUGGGCUGGAUUCUAUCCAUGGUCAAGGAGGAGACGAUUUGAAGCUUGAAGUUCUUGAUGGUUUGCUGGAUGAAGUUGAUGAAGUGGAUGAUAUUCAUGCAGCCCAUGAUCUUUCUGGUGCAUGUGAAGAUUUUCUUUUGGAUAUUGAAUUUCCUGAAAAGUUUUCUGAAUUGGAACCUUGUGAAGGAUCAAAUUUGCACAACUCAAGUUCAGAAAGUCAUUCACCUGGAUUUAGUGGAAGUAGUAAUAGUGCUGGUGGCAUAUCAGAAUCAUCAAUUGCAGCUGUUCAAGAAUCCAAUGGCAGGAAUGGUGUGCUUGGGAAGAUGGUCAAUUGUGAUGUACAUCAGACCUUUAGGAGCAAAUGUGGGUGUCAGGCUCCAGUUAUGGACACCAUACAUCCUACUAUAGAAAACAUGCAAGAUCUUGAUCAGUCUGAUGAUGAUGAAAAACCUUUAGUAAGUUUCAUAUUGUCUAAUAAGAAAGUAAAAAGCUCUGUUAAAGUAACAAAAGGUGGCACUCUUCUCAGACAGAAGAGAGUGCGGAAGCCUACAAGGAGGUACAUUGAGGAAUUUUCUAGAAAUUCUACUGCUUCUGGAAAGAAUAAGCGCCUUAAAGUCAGAUCACAAGAACUUCCUCAAGUCCCAUCUGAAUCCCGGCCACGGAGAGGACGUCCCAGGAAAAUUGUGCCAAAAUUGGAGCUUGAAUCUGAUUAUGAGCUUUCUGCAUCUGAAUCUGAAGAUGAGCAUAAGAGAAGCAAAAGAUCCAAAACGGCUUGUGAUAGGAGGAAGCAUCAAAGGAUGUGGACCCUUGCAGAGGUGAUUAAGUUGGUUGAUGGAAUUGCUCAGUAUGGUGUUGGAAGAUGGACUGAUAUAAAAAGGCUUCUAUUUGCAUCAUCAGCUUAUCGAACACCUGUUGAUCUGAGGGACAAAUGGCGAAAUCUUCUGAGAUCUAGCUCUGCACUUAAACACAACAGGAGAGAGGUUGAGAAUGAUUUGAAGCAUGCUGUACGUCCCCUACCAAAGCCUGUGGUGCGCCGAAUCCGUGAACUGGCCACCAUUCAUCCAUAUCCAAGGGUUCGCAGCCCAAAAAUUUCACCUGUUGAUGCCCCUUCCUCCAAGCACCCGACAACAACUAAAGGAGCUCCAGUUUACCCUCAUGCUAGAAAUUUACGUAGGAAGAAGUGUAGUUGAAGCAUUUGUGUAUUUGCCGUUAAAGCAAACUGUAAUUCAGGUUCAGUUGUAAAGAAGCUGUGUUAUCCCUACAGCCCCCUUAACACCGACUGUGAUCUGCACAUAUAAAUGUUCUCAGAUCAUUAGGAAAUAUCUGGUAAAUGUUGCACAAGUAAAAUCCAAAUUUUACAAUUUUAAUAGCCAGGAAUAUUGGCUAACUGAUGUUUAAAGAGUAAGUUUUCCUUCCA